CGGCGGCGGCGCUUGGUGUUUCUGGACCUUCUGAUCUUGAUGGCGCGCGACGGAAGUCUCUCAGACAUGGACAUCCGCGAGGAGGUGGACACCUUCCUCUUCGAGGGGCAUGAUACUACAUCAGCUGGAAUCUCUUUUACCAUCUUCCUAUUGUCGCAGCAUUCUGAUGUCCAAGAAAAAAUAUAUGAAGAACUGAAGAGCAUCUUUGAUACUUCUAAGUCUAUAACACCGAACAUUUCCGAUCUCUCAGAACUGAAAUACUUGGAAAUGGUAAUUAAGGAAUCUCUCCGAUUAUACCCACCAGUGCCUAUAAUCCUUCGAAAUAUGCAGCAAGAGGUCGUACUUCCUGAAUCCCAAGCCGUGCUGCCAGAAGGUACGAGCAUGAUGUUAACACCGUUCGGAAUGCAUCACAAUCCGAAUGUGUACCCGGAUCCGGAGAGGUUCGACCCGGAUCGCUUCUCUGCGGACGAGUGUGCCCGCCGCCACCCUUACGCUUACCUGCCUUUCAGCGCCGGCCCUCGGAACUGCAUUGGUCAGCGCUUCGCCAUGCUGGAGAUGAAGAACGUGAUCGCGAAGCUCGUGUGGAACUUCCGAGUGCUGCCGGAGCCCGGGUUCGAGCCCUCGCUGGUGUGGGAGGUCAUCCUCAAGUCGGAGAACGGGCUCUUAAUUCGUCUGGAGGAGAGACAGCGGGAGUCGAACUGAAGUCUCCAGGCUCCGAUAAUCUUCACACCCCAUC